AUGACCGAGCAACGGCCAGAUCUGGCCUCCAACCGCCAUCAAUUGGCUAACUGGUUGACCGUAUCUUCCGACAGAGUUGUCACUGUAGAGCAUCCCUCCAUUAUCAAAGAUAUUGACAAGGGUUUGCAAUCUCUUGGCGGAGAACAUCACAUCAAACAUCUGCUUGCUCCUGCUGGUCAAACAUUAUCUGUUGGUCUAUCCUUGCGCCCACAUGAUCCCCUCGUCAAGAAGCUCGUCUCCAAGGAGAUGCCAGUUCAAAACCUUCUCCUUCGUGUGACUGUCCCAAGGCGAACAGGUUGUAAAAGAAAGAGAGGUUCUGAUGACGCUUUCGAACAUCACGGUGACGAGAGGGAGAGCUUGCCUGGAGACGCCGAAGGUACUGCUACGUCAAUUCCUGUGACGGCUGAACAGCUACGACGCCGUCUCGUUGACAAUCAGGAUGCAUAUACCAUACAGCCUGUCGCAACCAUCAAGCAAACUCACAGAUUCCGUGCUCUACCAGACUUCCAGCUACGAGCAGGUUCUCAGCCAGUCAUGCACCAGAUUGGCCAAGGUCUCAUUGAUCCUACUGUAUCAAGCAUCAAGAACUUCAAGGUCGAUAUGACUCCUGGUCGACCGGCCAACGAAGAGCUUAUUGCGCCUCCCAAUUUCACUUCAUUCGAGCAGUCUUUGAAUUAUCUCUACAAGCAGAACCCUGGUGUUACACAUGUAACAGACGAAAAGGGUCGUGUCAAGACUGUUAACACACAAGCUCCCAAGAAACGUCAAGUCGUCUCGGUAGCUCAUGAUGUCGAGAAGGUGCCCACGGAGCCACCCAAGGGUCUUGUCCCCAUCGAGAAGCAAUCCGAAGCCCUCCAGCAAUGUGUGAAGAAUCUGUUGGAGCUGCUUGAGACCAGACCUGCCGUCACACGACGUGUGGCAUGUAAUCUCGUUGAUUGGGGAAACGAGGCAUUGUUCAAGGAAGCGACACAGUAUGUUGGAUACAGUUUCAAGUCAGGUCCUUUCAGGGAUACACUCGUUAAGUACGGCCUCGACCCUCGUACUGAUCCUAAGUACCGUUGCUACCAGACUUUCUCCUUCCAGCUCAUUGCAAAAGACAAAGUCAUUGCUGCAGCCAAGAAGAUGCGAGAUGGCAAGAACCAGUGGAUCAGAAGCGAUCGCUACAAGAAAGACGAAGAACCUUCACAUGUGUUUGAUGGCAAAAGUAUGACCACCAACGGAAAGACAUGGCAAGUCUGUGAUAUCAAAGAGCCUGUCCUUGCUGGUCUACUCGCUACCGAGAACCUUCGAUCUGAGUUUGAUGUAAGUCAAUAUUUCCCACCCCCAAUGAUUAUCCUUCUGACUUUUGUANNGCCUGUGAAUUAUGGCUGGUACCUCAACGGCACUGUCGCUAAAGCACGUAUUAUUAUGCGAGAUAUGAUUGGCAUGAUGCUCACCGGGCAAGCUCCUGACACAGCAUCCUAUCAAACGGUAUCGUCUAUUCCUGAUGAGAUUGACAAGACAACAUAUCCUCAGACCUAUUUCGAGAGAGGCGCUCAUCCCGAAAAGGUGAUGCAAUUGUCUGGAGAGAUCAGAAACUUGGUGAAGACGGACAUUGCUCAAAGAGUCAGAGACAAGUUUAGANNGGGGGAGGGAGAGGUCUAUGGUGACGAGAAUACGCAAGGUGGUGCAGAAGAUGAUGACGUUGAAGGAGAUGGAAUGGAAGAUGAUGGAGAGAUGGAGGGUGAUCUUGAAGAUUUCGGAGGCGAUACGGAGGCUUAA